UGUAGUGCUUGUUGAGCGGCGGCCGGCAACCGUGGUACACAAGGGGCUGGAGCGUCCUGUGGAGAGAGUGGGCUGUCAGGCCAUGAACUUGGGAGAUGGUUUAAAGCUUGAAACUGAAAUACUGGAUGGAAAAACCAAGCUAAUAUUGUCUCCAUAUGACCAUAAAUCAAAAAUUUCUGUGAAGAUGGGAAGUAAGAGUAGGAUUGCAAAACGUCCUUUAAGAAUGAAACAAACUGGACACAUUCUAAAAUCAACACAAAAUAGUUGUGUGGAGAGUGAAAAACUUUUGCAGAAGACAACAGUUGGUUCAGAAACUUCACAGGCGAAAGGUAAAAAAAAUGGAAUGACUUUUUCAUCCACUAAAGAUUUAUGUAAGCAGUACAUAAGUAAAGACUGUCUUCAUAUCCAAAGAGAGAUUGCACCUGCCACCUUUCAUAUACAGAAGACGAGAAACACUGUAAGUACAUCUCUAGGAGCUAAACAGAAGCCUCACAAAAAACAUAUCACAGCUGGAAACACAAAGAGCAGUUUGGUGUGUCUAACACAAGACCAACUACAACAGAUUUUAAUGACUAUAAACCAAGGAAAUCGAUCUAUUUCCCUGACUGACAAUGGAACGAAGGAGGAAAAAAGUCAGUAUAGUCUACAUUUAAACAAUAUUCCUAAUCAGCCAAAGGACGAAAACAAUAUGGGAUUACUCCAGAAAACUGAGGCUGUUUCUUCUGUCCCAGAUGAAAAUAAAUCUGUCUUAAAGAAAAAUCAGGAGACAUCUAAGUGUGAGCAGAAAAUUGCCAUAGAGAAUGAAUGGAAACCAGCUGACAUAUUCAGUACUCUGGGGGAGAGGGAAUAUGAUAGAAGUUUGUUGGAAGCAAAAAAAGCCCAGUGGAGGAAAGAGCUUGAUGAACAGGUUGCUUUGAAGAAGAAAGAAAAGGAAGCUUCUGAAAAAUGGAAUGAUCCUUGGAAAAAAUCUGAAAGUGAUAAAAUAACAUGGGAAAAACUUCAAAUUCUUGACCAAUGUAGGGAAACAGUGCUGCUGAAGCAUCCUUUCAGUACUGUGAAACAAGAACAGCAGAGAAAAUGGAUUGAAGAGUUGAAUAAGCAAAUAGAAGAUGACCGGCAAAGAAAAAUAGAGGAAAAAAUUAUAUAUUCAAAGGGUGAGGAACAUGACAGAUGGGCAAUGCAUUUUGAUUCAUUAAAGGAUUAUCCUGGUUCUCAGUCUCAACUGUCCUCUCGAUCAACACACAAACAACCAGAGUACUUUUGCGUCUCUCCUGACACUCAGGAGCUGGCUGAUACCAGCAGUGUUUUUACACCUACAACUGGAAGCCAGGUUGAACCUUCAGAGGAGGAGCAUAUAGCAAAACCUGUUAGGGAUGUGGUUAUGGCAAACAAUCAGAGAACAAACUUUCUCCGUUCUAUGACUGCUCUCUUGGACCCAGCUCAGAUUGAGGAACGAGACAGACGUCGACAAAAACAGUUAGAACAUCAGAAAGCCAUCACUGCUCAGGUAGAAGAGAAGCGCAGAAAGAAGCAACAGGAGGAAGAACAAAGAAAGAAGGAAGAACAAGAAGAGGAGCGUCGAUUAGCACGAGAACGAGAAGAGAUGCAGAAACAGUAUGAAGAAGACAUACUUAAGCAAAAGCAAAAGGAAGAAAUUAUGACUCUGAAGACAAAUGAGAUUUUCCAGACAAUGCAGCAAGCUCAGGAACUGGCACAGAGACUAAAACAAGAACAGAGAAUCCGAGAAUUGGCUCAAAAGGGACAUGACACUUCCAGAUUGAUUAAAAAUCUUGGCGUUGAUACAAUACAAGUGGAAUAUAAUGCAUCCACUAACAACAUUUCAAAUUCAAGACAUGAAUCUGAUGAAGUCAGUGGUGAACUGAAUACAUGUAUCAAUUCUGCAGUUUCUCCUAAGAAGGAUACUGGUGUACAAACAGAUGAUUUAAAUACAGGAAUAUUCACCAAUGCAGAAUCACACUAUGGAUCAUUAACAGGGAGGGAAAUUAUACAUUGCUCAUCUCCUGGGAUUUCAGCAGAAUUUAAUGGAGAGUUUAGCUCUAAGAAAAACAAGCAAGAAUUAAGUCAGGAUAAAGGAGCUAACUUAGAAAAAGAAAACAGUUGGUAUAAUGACCUGUGUAAUCCAGAGAAACAAACAAAACACAUGAAGAAAUGCCAUCAAAGGCCUGAUUGGAAUAUAAAUAAGCCACUCAAAAGGUAUAUUCCAGCAUCAGAAAAGUACCCUAAACAGCUUCAGAAACAGAGAGAAGAAAAAAAAGUAAGAAGGCAGAUGGAACUGCUUCAUUUGGUAGAAAGAAAUAAUCCUGGACACCUCUCUCAACAUAGAGGCAUGUCACCAGAUUUUCAUUCAUCUCAUCAAGAAACUGAGUCAAAGUUCAGGUGGCAUCUAGUCAAAAAGGAAGAAGAACCUCUGAAAAUUAAUUCAUGCAGCAAGGAAAGGUCUCAGUCAUCACCAGUUCCAGCAGUGAAAAACAGAACCCAACAAACUCAGACUAAUACUUUACACUUACCACUAAAAAACAGUAGCUUUGAAAGAGAGAAUCCAAUCUUGGGAGGUAGUCACAUGGAAUUAUCACCGGGAAUUUCUGAACCACCCCAUUUUGUUCCCUAUGUCCGAACAAAUGAGAUCUAUUACCUUGAUCCAGAUGCACCAUUGUCUAGGCCUUCAACACAGGACCCUCAGUACCAAAAUUCACAAGACUGUGACCAAGAACAGCAGCAGCUAUUUGACUGUGAACAUGUCAGGGAUCCACUUCUUAAUCCUAACUUGGUGAGAAACAGGGAUCGACAGCAAGCAAUCCUUAAGGGACUUUCAGAACUGAGACAGGGCCUUCUCCAGAAGCAAAAGGAGUUGGAAACUAAUUUCAUGCCUUUAGCUGCAAAUCAAGAAGAGAAUUUUAGUUCUUCGUUGUAAAUGUAGAAAACCAAAUCCUUAACAUUUGAUUUGUGUCUUCCAAAUUAUAAAAUGUGCUCAUGGCUCGACUGUAUUUUUCAAAUAGCCUAGAUUUAUUUUUUAAAUGCUCAUUAAAACUUGUACAUUACAUAUAAGUGCUGUACUUUUAAAAUAAAUAAUUUUUUGUAAAA